AGGAAUAAAAUCAUCCGAAUAUUCAAGAAAGGGAAACGCAGUGGUAAAAUCGCCUGAAAAUGCUCUAUUUAGAGGACUUCUUAGAACUUAUUGAACAACUACCAUUAGAACUUAGAGAAAGAUUUACAGAAAUGAGAGAACUUGACUUGCAAGUGCAAAAUUCAAUUGAUGAUUUAGAUAUUAGAGUAAAACAAUUUUUCAUGAACUGUCGUAAAGCUAAACCUGAAUGGAAAGAGCAGCAAUACAAACAGAUUAAGGAGGAAUAUCAAAAAUCUAUGGAAGAUGCAGAUGAGAAAGUUCUUGCAGCUUCUCAAAUAUAUGACCUUGUUGAUAAACACCUUAGAAAACUAGACCAAGAAUUAACCAAAUUUAAAAUGGAAUUAGAGGCUGACAAUGCGGGGAUAACAGAAAUAUUGGAACAAAGAUCGUUAAGACUAGAUGAACCUAUCGCUUGUCCUUCACCAGUUCGCAAUAAUCAUUUAACGUCAGCAUUUAAUUCUCAAAAACGUAAAUAUAAUCAAGUAGAUGUCGUUAGCAAUGAUUUAACUAAUGGUGACCAUGGAUUAUUAAUGCCGACUAGUUACUCUAGCUAUAGUCCCUUAAGUUCCUAUCCUCCAAUGUCACCUUCACCAAAAGUGUCUACUCCACAAUCUCCAUCACCGUCAACCUCGCUAACACUUGGUAUGCUUGGAGCAGGAUCAACAGCUUCAGGAUACUCAUUAACUAAUACUAUGCAGCCAAACAGACGAGUAGGAAGUGCACUGAAAACACCUUACAGCACAAGCUCAUUCAAAGGCAAUACAGACUAUCUAGGUGGCCUUGGAGGAAUACCCAGUAGUAGUUCAACAGGUAGUCUUAAUGGGUUACCUGCUGGUAGUUACGACACCCCAACACCUGCCAUACCACCAUCAUUAACCAUGCCAGUAACACCUGUUGAACCCCAAACACAAUUAACAGUGCCGACCGCUACAUCUCAAAAGAAAUCUACUAAAAAGAAGAACCUGGCAUCACAGUUAGUUAGCACUGCUACGGCAUCAGCUCAAGUUGCAGCACAGGAUGCAGCCAAAGCAACUGAGGCAGUACCCGAUUUCUUUUAUGAUCCAGAUGAACCUAGAUAUUGCCUUUGCAAUCAGGUUUCUUAUGGUGAGAUGGUUGGUUGUGACAACAACGAUUGUCCUAUAGAAUGGUUUCAUUACGGCUGCGUUGGCCUUACAGAUGCUCCAAAAGGCAAAUGGUACUGCCCACAAUGUGCAUCUCAAAUAAAACAGAAAAGAAGUAGACACAAGUGAACAAGAAAAUGACUUCUAAUUUUGGGAAUACAAAUUUGAAAUCGUAAUUUUUCCUCAUUUUCAUGUAAAUUCAAUAAUCCAUGCAUAGCCAUCAUUUUAUGGUGUUAAAAACAGUUUUCAACAAUGUCCAGGAAGAAAUUAUACGGGAAAACCAAGGAGAAGAGAAAGCAUUUCCUUACUUAAUUCAAGAAAUUUCAUUAUAGUUGUGUGACUACACUAAUCAAAGCCACCAAUGCAAAUUUUCAUUGAAAAACAUCAUGAACAACACGAACAUUGUUUUAAGUUAAUCCAAUGCAAAUUCUGAUGAAUAAUUUGUGGAAGCAUUUGUUGUGGUGGUUUUGAUUAGUGUAUCAGUUACACUGUUACAUUUCAAAGCAAAAUACACACUAAUGUACAUUAUGUCAAAGGUUUGAUAGAGAAUCAGAUCCACUAGUCAAUGUGUCUAUUGUCAGACAAAACAUAAAAUUCAUUCAAACUUAUUAAUUAGUGCUACUAAGUCUCAGUCAAAGUGUAAAUACUUUUUACUGUUGCUCAAUGAAACACUGAUUAUUAUGCUGGAAUAACCUUUUGUUAAGAGCUCACGUUAUUGUAAAAUGUACAAAAUGCAAAUCAGCUUCAUAGGGUCCUUUCAGAUCAGUGGUAUUUAGUCUGUAAGGUAAUUUUGUCCCUUAUUCAGUGUAACCAAUUCUUCCUAUACGUGCCUGAUGUUAAAAUCCCUAUUAACUUCCAUCAUUCAGGAAGCCAAUAUAUAACAAGAAACAAGUACAGGCUAGAUAAUUACUUAAUCUGUGAAACAAAUAGUAAUAAUUGAACAACUGAAUAGCAGUUUUGUUUGCACAUUAGGAAACAAAGGAAUUUUCUGUUUUUAUUUUCUGUUUCAUAGAUUAAGUAUUAUGUGCAGUUAACAAAAUGUUGUAAAAAGUUAUUCAAUAAGUUGAUGUUAUUAAUGAAAGGAGGUAUUUUUCAUGGGAGAAAUGAAAAGAUAUUUCAUUGUACAAGAAUUGCUAUUUGUAUAUUUGUAUAAUGUAGAUUUUAAUAAAUUAUUGAUAA